CCCAUAUUGAGAUUAUCAAAAGUAAUUCAAGUUGAUAACAGAUAACAUUUCAUUCAGAUGAAUAUAAAAUCCCAGUUAAAAUAAGAUAAUUAAUAAAAUCCUCCAACAAGAAACAAUUACAAUCAUUAAGAACAAUUAAAAUGAGUUUGACUGUUUUGAUUGACAAUUAAUUUAAAUUGGUUGGUAAGUCAAACCCUCUCAGAUCUAAUGGUUGAAUCUCGGUGAUUAGAAAAAUCUGUCUUUCUAAUUAACAAAUUGUUCAUCAUAAUUAUUGUUAACUUGAUCAACUUAACCCUCAACCUAUUGAGACGAAUCUCAAGUUCAUGAUCAAUUCUGAUUGGAGUCGACUCCAUUUCCAUUACAAUUUAAUCAUGUUUUGAUUGUUAUCCAAAGUGACACCAAAUAACAAAUAAUUAGAGAUAAACAAUCAAUUUCCUCUGAUUACAAUUCUAAAUAAUCACGAAUCAAAUCUCAAUGUAAUCUAUUUGGUGACAAUUGGAAACUUUCAGUUUCGAGAAAAAAUUCAAUUCUUACGAUUCGACAGUUGAUUGAUUUGAUUUCUUUUAUUUCUCUCAUGAUUUAAUUAAUUUUUUCUCCUGAUAAUUAUUCGUAUUCAAUUGAAAUGUCCAAAGCUGAUAUGACCAGUAAUUUGGCGGUUCGAUCAAUCUCGAUGCAAGACAGGGAAGAGAUUAGAAGACGAUUAGCAAUGGAAAAUGAUGAUGAGACAAUCAAUAAAUCAUCAUGGAAAUCAUCAGUUGGUCAUAAGAAAGGCUAUCUGAAUAAAUUGAUUACCAAUACAAGUGACCUUCGAAUGUGUUUCUUCAAUAAAACCCCUGACCAUUUCGAGGAAAAACGAGACCUACAGCGAAUCCGUCAGGAUGCUUUCGAUCGUAUCUCUCAGAGUUUCAAUAAACAGUCAAAUCAUCUCGAUAAUAAUUCUGAUCAAUGUAAUGGUGAUUCAACGGAGAAUCGGCUGAGUAAUGAAAUUGAAGGAUUAAAGAUAAACAGAGAGAAACCAAGGGAUUUGAUGGUUAAUCUAAGGCGAAACAAGAUGGAGCGAUUCAGAUAUAUUCUCAAUACUGCUCGGCCAAAUGACAUGUCCAAUUUUCAUCGUUAUCACAAUUUAAUCAUUGCCGAGGCCAAAUUUGCGCUGAGCCAAGCAAAAGAAAUGGCUCAGAUGCAAAUGGAAACGGAAAGAACCAAAUUUAAGCCCAAUCGUAUAUCAAAAUUGAUCCAAUUACCCGUUGAUAGAGUUUUCAGUCGUGAAAUUCUGAAAGAAAUGUCCAUUGCAAAACUACAGAUUAUUGUAAAUGAUUUACAUUCAAGAAUCGAAGUUCUCAAUGAAGAAUUGGUUCAAAUGCUACAAGAUCGAGAUGAGCUUCACAUGGAACAAGAUUCAAUUCUAGUUGACAUUGAAGAUGCGACAAUAUUUUUAUUAAAACGGAUGAAAUAUUCAAAUUCGAGGAGUUCUGGAUUAAUUCGAAAAUCAUCAAACUAAUAGUUUAACUCGAUCUAAUUGUAACAAUUAACACAAUAUAUUGAUAGCUUUUUUUAACGAGUUAAGGUUGAUAAUUUAGUUGAGACUAAGUUGAUUGUACAAUUUCAAUAAUCUUUAAUCAUAAAUAACAAUCAAGUAACAAUUUGUCAGAAUUGAUAAAAUACAUGUAUCAUAGCCAUUCUGUUACGAGGCUGCUUAAAACCGUUCAAUUGAUUGGAUACAUUAGAAUGUGUAACAAUUAACCCGAUUA